CAUCCGUCAUCUUCUAGAGAUAGAGGCAUUGCAGCUUGUGAAGAUCCGUGGGAGUGAGAAUCCAGCAGACAUGUUUACUAAGGUGGUAACCUUGGAGACGUUGAAGCUUUGCAUAGCUUCAAUUGGCCUUGGUACUUGAAGUUGAAGGCCGGCGCUACCAUGCUAACAAGGGAGGAUUUGAAGAAGACAGUCUCAAGAACUACUUUCGGUCUUGUUCUCCUGAAGGUUUGAAGCAAUACAGCUACAUAAAUGAAGCCGAUACGACUUCCGGAACCGCCACAAAGUCCACGGGCGAUGGGAGGCAUGCCGGAUAUCUUCGAAGCUGGGGUGUACGGUGUGAUCAGAAGGGCAGUGAUAAUCGGCAACGGCUUUCCGGCCUCAGAGAAUCAGAGCAUUGGCUUGGUCCGCGCCCUCGGCCUCUUCGAGAAGCACACGCUAUACCGCGUCACAAGGCCAAGUGGAGGAAUUAAUGAAUGGCUACAUUGGCUCCCAAUGUUCAUACAUAAAAGGAUAUAUUACAUCUUGAACCUAAUUUGUGGUUAUUCACACCUUCUAUUGGGAGUUAGAGAUAAUAAGUUAGUUUCUCUGCCCAAGGAAAAUGGAACUGUUGGCCUGUCAUUAGUUCUUGAAGCUGAUGUGAAGAAUAUUGUGAAUUUCGCCAAGGAAUCAUUUGAAAAGGAUGGGCCUUUACUAGUGGUUGCAUCUGGUAGAGAUACAAUUUCAAUUGCGAGCUCCAUUAAACGAUUGGCAUCUGAAAGUGUGUUUGUUGUACAGAUCCAACACCCAAGGUCCCACUUGGAUAGGUUUGACCUGGUUAUUACCCCCAAACAUGACUAUUAUAAAGCAAAUGAGCAAGCCCCUCGAUUCCUUCGGUGGUGGAUAACUUCGAAUGGUCCCCCUGACAAGCAUGUGAUCCUUACAGUUGGUGCCCUUCAUCAAGUUGAUUCUGCUGCUCUUCGGGCUGCAGCUAAUUCAUGGCACGACAAGUUUUCACCUUUACCAAAACCCAUGUUGGUGGUCAACAUAGGAGGGCCUUCAAGGUACUGCAAAUAUGGCAUAGACCUUGCUACGCAUUUAACAACCUCUCUGCACAAUAUUCUUGAGAGAUGUGGCAGUAUAAGAAUAUGUUUCUCCAGGAGGACUCCUGCAAAGAUUUCCAAAGUUAUCAUCAAGGAACUGGGAACUAAUCCACAAGUAUAUAUUUGGGAUGGUGAAGAUCCAAAUCCACAUAUGGGACAUCUGGCAUGGGCUGAUAGUUUUGUCAUAACAGCCGAUUCAGUGAGUAUGUUGAGUGAAGCUUGCAGUACUGGGAAGCCUGUCUAUGUUGCCGGAGCUGAAUACUGUAGAGGGAAGAUUUUAGAAUUCCACAAGGCAUUGAGUAAAAAAGGGUUAGUCAGGCCAUUUACAGGUCAUAUGGAUAUGUCAAAAACAUGGAGUUACCCUCCACUCAAUGAUACUACAGAAGCAGCAAAUCGCGUAAACGAAGCACUUUUGCAACGUGGAUGGAAGAUCAAAGUAUAGGAAGUGUAUCUUUAUUUCAUGUUGUAAAAUAAUACUAGUAGUCUAGUGCUAGUAUUAAAGAAAAACAACUACACUAGUACGUAUUCGAUAAUUUUGGCAUAAAGAUUUGUCCGUUCCGUUUGGAUCUGUAUAAUAAAAAGAAAAAAUGGAUAAUCCCUAUUAAUUACGGUCUGCUCAUAACAAUCUCAAUUGUCAAUUGUUUAAGAACAAUCUCAACUUUAUGGACUUUCAGUCAAUAAUAAUCUGACGUGAUCGGCUACCUGUUC